UCAAGAAUCACUGCCUAGAUGGACAACUCCAAGACCCCUGGCCAUCAACCUGACCAACUGCAAGUAUGAGAGUGUGCGCCGGGCUGCCCAGAUGUGUGGCCUGAAGGAAGUGGGGGAGGACGAAGAGUGGACUGUCUACUGGACAGACAGCUCUGUUUCUCUGGAGCGUGUUAUGGACAUGAAGCGGUUUCAGAGAAUCAACCACUUUCCCGGCAUGUCGGAGAUCUGCCGCAAAGACCUCCUGGCCAGGAACCUGAACCGAAUGCAAAAGCUCUUCCCCACCCACUACAAUAUUUUCCCCCGUACCUGGUGCCUCCCCGCGGAUUACGGGGAAUUCCAGUCGUAUGGCCGCCAGCGGAAAAACUGCACAUACAUCUGCAAGCCCGACAGUGGCUGCCAGGGCCGCGGCAUCUUCAUCACCCGCAACCCCAAGGAGAUCAAGCCCGGGGAGCACAUGAUCUGCCAGCAGUACAUCGCCAAGCCCUUCCUCAUCAAUGGCUUCAAGUUCGACAUGAGGAUCUACGUCCUCAUCACAUCCUGCGACCCGCUGAGGCUAUUCAUGUACGAGGAAGGCCUGGCCCGCUUUGCCACCACGCCCUAUGUGGAGCCCAGCCAUAGCAACCUGGAGGACGUGUGCAUGCACCUGACCAACUAUGCGAUCAACAAACACAGCGAGAAUUUUGUCCGGGAUGAAGCUGUGGGCAGUAAGAGAAAGCUGUCAACGCUCAACGCCUGGCUGCGGGAGCAUAGCUACAACCCCCGGGAGCUGUGGGGAGACAUCGAAGACAUCAUCAUCAAAACUGUCAUCUCGGCCCACUCUGUCCUCCGCCACAACUACCGGACAUGUUUCCCCCAGUACCUGAGCGGGGCCCUGUGCGCCUGUUUCGAGAUCCUUGGCUUUGACAUCUUGCUGGACCACAAGCUGAAACCCUGGCUGCUGGAGGUGAACCACUCUCCCAGCUUCACCACGGACUCCUGCCUUGACCGCGAAGUGAAGGACACACUUCUCUGUGACACCAUCAGCCUCCUCCGCCUCAGAGGCUGCGACAGGCGGAAGGUGCUGGAAGAGGACAAGCGGAGAAUCAAGGAGCGGCUUCUGCUGGGCCACCAGCAUCCGCGAGAGCCCAGGCGAGAACAAAUGGGGUUCGCAUCCCAGGCCGCCAUGCUAGAUCAAGAAUGCUAUGAGGACUCACACCUGGGGGGCUACCGGCGGAUCUACCCCAGGUCCAACAGCGAGAAGUAUGCGCCCUUCUUCAAGCAUGAUGGCUCGCUCUUCCAGGAGACAGCAGCGUCCAAGGCCAGAGACGAGUGUGCCAGGCAGCAGCUCGAGGUGCUCCGCCUCAAGCAGGUGCAGCGGAGCUCGGGCAGUCAGAGGCGGAAGGACCGCCGAGAGCAAAAUCAGGGGGAGUCAGCAGGCGAGAAGAACCGGCCCAGGACCGCGCGGUGCAGCAUCCAGCCUCCCCAGGCCCGGGCUCCUCCUUUGCCAGCACGCCUGGAUACCAUGCAGCCACAGAGGAUCGUGGAGGAGGAGGAGCAGGAGCGGAUGAAGGGUUUGCUUCAGAGGGGCAACCUCAUCCGCAGCCUGGGGAUCGUGGAGCAGAUCACCCGCAUGCUGCACUCCAAACAGCAGGGCCAGAAGCUUCAUGAGUAUCGGCCUAGACCCCACCAGGACAGGCAGGGCGGUGGAGAAAUGCCAUCAGCAAGGCUGCUGUUCUUCGAGGCCCUCCGAGAACUGGGCCCUGCCCACUUCCUGAAUCCGGUGCUGCCCAAUGCGCUGGUCCCCAGGACCUCGGGGCAUCUGUCCAGCACGGAGGCAGCACUGCUCCAGCCUGCUGGCUACCAUAUACAGCCCAGGACCUUCCAGUGGACGGAUCCCGUGGCUCUGGGCCCCUCCUUAUCGCCACUGAAGAAGUAUGAAAGACGUUGUCUGUCUAGCACCAGAAUCCGGCUCCCCGGCAAGACCCACGCCACCAGGAGGUUAGAAGCCAUGAACCAGGCCACAACAGCAUCAGCGACAUCUUCCCUAUACCCUAAGCAGGGCUAUGUCCUGCGGCCGGACAGGCGGACAAAUGGCAGCUGGAGCGAGUGUGCCGAUCCCCGGGCACGCUGA